ACACACAUCGACAAUCGUACAAGCGCCGCACCUCAUAUUAGUUUACUAUAUACUGGGAAAACACAAACAGUCUUCCUCGUCCUCGCUACAGAGGACACUACACAGGUUAACGUGAGCUUAAAGGUAGAAGGACCACUAAUGGCUGGUGGAUGUGGCAAUGGUACAUUUUUCAACGGAGAAAGAAGAACAUUUACACUGGACAAGUAUCAGAUUGUGGGCGCCUACUGUGACGAGGACAUUACUGGGACGUUGAUUACAAGUGACAAGCCUGUGGCUGUGCUUAGCGGACACAAUCACAAGCGAUUCGUGCUCAAUUCUAACCCCCUUUUAGAAAUGUUGCUGCCACUGAAAUCGUUUGGAAGAAGUUUUGUUCUGCCCGACCCACCGACCAAGACUGGCGGGGCAAUAUACAGAGUUGUCGGCUCCGAGGCAACCACAACGGUUCGCUCUCCGGGUGGCAUGUUAUUUUCACUUGGAAAAGGAGAAUCUCAGGAUAUAUAUGUAAACUCUACUACAGGGGCAAUGUACAUUGAAGCAGACAGACCAGUCACUGUUGUUCAGUUUACACUGAAACUAGCGUCAAUGGCGAUAGUUCCACCAACGAGCUUAUUUGCCAGUGACUAUGACAUAUCAAAACCGGUUUUUAACCCGACCUAUGACCUGAAAAAUGUGAUCGUUACGGUUAUUGUCCCAACCGAUAAGGUUAUUGGUCUACGUCCACAGAUAUUUCCACAAUUCGAGGUAAUCAAAGGAAGCUGCUUCUCGGUGGCUACAGCUGACCUUAGUGCAGGAUUUUUCCGUCUUCUCCACGUUGACAGUGUCCCCUUUGGAGCAAUGAUGUACCUAAGUCCGAGUGUUGAUAAUUAUGGUAUUUUCACACACCCUGCCGGGUACAACCUCACAGAUGAUAUUGGCAAGUAUGCAGAAAUGAAGACCCCCACUGUUAUCGGUGCCCUUGGUUUGGUACCUCCUGAUCCCUUGGCUCAGAUCAGGACAGUGCCCAGGUUCUCCAUCUGGAGCGAAAAGGUCACGUGA